CCUGCUGCCACUUCCUUCCUGGACGAUCUCAGGACGAGUCCGGUUACUUUUAAUCCGACCAGCAGCUCAGCCACUUUCUCCUCCUCCACGCAGCACACACGCGCACACACGCGCACCACGCACACACACAUACGCACACGCACACGCACACACACACACACACACACACACACACACUCUCUCCAGGCAUCUUCUGGCUGCUUAUUGGAUUGACUUUGAAGGUUGUGUGUGUGAUUCAAGGCGGCUGCAUGUUGAACCAGGUGGUGAAUAUUUAAGACUGGAAGAAGUAAAGGGAUUUUUUCUUUUUCCUAUGAAAGGAAAAUAUCUGAAGGACUAGUCUGAUCAGCCAAACAGCUAACUGUUUACAAUCAGGAACAGAUGCAGGGGACUGUGAACUGAGUGGUGCAAGUGCUGAAGAAGGAGGUUUGUUUUGAGGAAACAGGAAAGAGGAAUAAAAGAGAAGGGAAAAAUACGUAAUUUUAAGGAAGAAGAAGAGAAAAAAAAACGGGGACUAUGGGGAGAAAAAAGAUUCAGAUUACAAGGAUUAUGGAUGAACGUAACAGACAGGUGACUUUUACAAAGAGGAAAUUUGGGUUAAUGAAGAAGGCUUAUGAGCUUAGUGUUCUGUGUGACUGUGAGAUUGCUCUAAUCAUCUUCAACAGCACCAACAAACUGUUCCAGUAUGCCAGCACUGAUAUGGACAAAGUGUUGCUGAAAUAUACGGAGUAUAAUGAGCCACAUGAGAGCCGAACAAAUUCAGAUAUUGUUGAGACAUUAAGAAAGAAAGGACUUAAUGGCUGUGACAGUCCAGACCCUGAUGCAGAUGAUUCAGUAGGUCACAGCCCUGAGUCCGAGGACAAGUACAGAAAACUUAAUGAAGAUAUUGAUCUAAUGAUCAGCAGGCAAAGAUUAUGUGCAUUGCACAAGAAAGAAAACAAAGCUUGUGAAAGCCCUGAUCCUGACUCCUCUUAUGCUCUCACCCCACGCACUGAAGAAAAAUACAAAAAAAUUAAUGAAGAAUUUGAUAAUAUGAUCAAGAGCCAUAAAAUACCUGCUGUUCCACCACCAAACUUUGAGAUGCCAGUUUCUAUCCCAGUGUCCAGCCACAACAGUUUGGUAUACAGUAACCCAGUCAGCUCACUGGGAAACCCCAACCUUUUACCACUGGCUCAUCCUUCUUUGCAAAGGAAUAGCAUGUCUCCUGGUGUGACACAUCGGCCUCCAAGUGCAGGUAACACAGGUGGCCUGAUGGGUGGGGACCUUGCAACCGGUGCAGGCACCAGUGCAGGAAAUGGAUAUGGAAACCCCCGCAACUCACCAGGUCUGCUGGUCUCACCUGGCAACUUGAACAAGAAUAUGCAAGCAAAAUCUCCACCUCCAAUGAAUUUGGGAAUGAACAACCGUAAACCAGACCUCCGUGUGCUUAUUCCACCUGGCAGCAAGAGUAACAUGCCAUCAGUGAAUCAAAGGAUAAAUAACUCCCAGUCUGCUCAGUCAUUGGCUACUCCAGUGGUUUCCGUAGCAACUCCUACUCUACCAGGGCAAGGGAUGGGAGGAUACCCAUCAGCCAUCUCAACAACGUAUGGUACUGAAUAUUCUCUGAGUAGUGCAGAUAUAUCAUCUCUCUCUGGUUUUAAUACAGCCAGUGCUCUUCAUCUCGGUUCUGUGACUGGCUGGCAACAGCAACACCUACAUAACAUGCCACCAUCUGCCCUCAGUCAAUUGGGAGCUUGCACUAGCACUCAUUUAUCUCAGAGUACAAAUCUCUCCCUGCCUUCUACUCAAAGCCUCAACAUCAAGUCAGAACCUGUUUCUCCUCCUAGAGAUCGUACCACCACACCAUCGAGAUACCAACAGCACACGCGCCAUGAGGCGGGGAGAUCUCCUGUUGACAGUUUGAGCAGCUGUAGCAGUUCCUAUGAUGGAAGUGACCGAGAAGAUCACCGGAACGAAUUCCACUCUCCCAUUGGACUCACCAGACCUUCGCCGGACGAAAGGGAAAGCCCCUCUGUCAAGCGCAUGCGGCUCUCUGAAGGAUGGGCAACAUGAUAACAUUAUGACCUAUUAGUUGGGAUUUUUUUUUCUUGCAGUGUGUGUGUGCUAUACCUUAAUGGG